UCAACUAGAAAAGAGAAGAAGGGGACACGAAGCAUUUUGGAUCAAAUCAUUGUUUGAAGGCAUCUGAAAAUACAAAACAGGCUGAAAUUAUGUAAUUUUUUUAUGCAACUGGCAUUUUUCACAAAAGUGUCCGUAUUAAUAUAUUUUUUUUAUAAAGUCUGCUUGACGGGAUCCAGAGAAUGGACAGCGAGGUGUCAGAUGCAGACCCUGACAAGCCUGGGCCGGAGUUUUGUAUGGACCGGGUCAACGCACCCGUCUACUGUGUCUGCCGCAGGCCUGACAUCAACUGCUUUAUGAUUGGGUGUGACUGCUGUAACGAGUGGUUCCAUGGCGACUGCAUCAACAUCUCAGAGAAGGCUGCCAAGGCCAUCCGGGUCUGGUACUGUGAGAAAUGUCGAGCUAAAGACGGCUCCCUGGAGAUCAAGUUCCGUCCUAAGAAGCUGAAGGAGGUGGACCAGGAGAAAAUUGAGAAAAUGGACAAACAGCAGCGCAGCGGGACUCCUGACAUGAAGAUGGACCGGCGACGAGGUUCAAAGGUGAAGCGGUCAGCCCGCAUGUGUGGUGAAUGCGAGCCGUGCAUGAGGACUGUGGACUGUGCCCAGUGUGACUUCUGCAAGGACAUGAAGAAGUUCGGAGGACCCAACAAGAUCCGCCAGAAGUGCCGGUUCAGGCAGUGUGACGUGCGAGCCAGAAAAAUGCUGCGAGUGAAGGAUGAGGAGUUUUCCUCAGCGAAAGGCAGAGGUCGUCUGCGCAGGGCGGAGAACCUGUCCGACGAGUACAGUGAGAGUGAGAUGGAACUCUACCAGCACUACAAGGCUGCAGGAUACGAUGACAGCAACAUGCCAUGGGCCAGUGAUGAUGAGGAUGGUGCUUCUGACCCAGCAACGAGGAAGAGGGCUGUGAAGGUCAAACACGUGAAGAGGAGAGAGAAGAGGUCCGAAAAGAAGAAAGAGGAUAAUAAAGUGCGUCGCCACAAGCAAAAGCAGAAGCACCGGGAGCGUGUGCGCCACAGCGAGCGCAGCAUAGAGGUGAAGGAGGGGAGCGGCACCAGGCAGUGUCUGGGGCCUGGCUGUGUGGAGGCGGCACGCGCCAACUCUAAAUACUGCUCCGAGGACUGUGGCAUGAAGCUGGCUGCCAAUCGUAUCUAUGAGAUCCUGCCCCAGCGGAUCCAGCAGUGGCAGCAGAGCCCCUGCAUCGCCGAGGAGCAGGGCAAGAAGCUGCUGGAACGCAUCCGCCGCGACCAGCAGUCGGCCCGCAUGCGCCUCACUGACAUGGAGAAGCGCUUCCAUGAGCUGGAGGGCAUAAUUGCCAAGGCCAAGCAGCAGGUCGUACAGCAGGACGAGGAGGUGAAUGAAGGAGAGGGGGACGACACGGACCUACAGAUCUUCUGUGUGUCUUGCAGUCACCCCAUCAACCCCAAGGUGGCGCUGAGGCAUAUGGAGAGGUGCUACGCCAAGUACGAGAGUCAGACGUCCUUUGGAUCCAUGUACCCCACUCGCAUCGAAGGAGCCACCAGACUUUUCUGUGAUGUUUACAACCCUCAGAGUAAGACUUACUGCAAGCGGCUACAGGUGCUGUGUCCAGAGCACUCAAGGGAUCCAAAGGUGCCUGUGGACGAGGUGUGCGGGUGCCCCCUGGUGAGGGACGUGUUUGAGCCUACUGGAGAGUACUGCAGGGUGGCUAAACGCAAGUGUAACAAACACUACUGCUGGGAGAAGCUGCGGCGAGCAGAGGUGGACCUGGAGAGAGUCCGAGUGUGGUACAAGCUGGACGAGCUGUUUGAGCAGGAGAGGAACGUAAGGACAGCAAUGACCAAUCGGGCGGGCCUUCUGGCUCUUAUGUUGCACCAGACCAUUCAGCAUGACCCCAUCACCACCGACUUGCGUUCCGGCAAGGACCGGUAGAUGUCCAGUAGAGACAAGGAUGGACAGAUAUGGACAAAGUAAUAAUCUGGCUAUCAGAUGAAUGGACA